AUGCACUUCCCAGACUCAUGCAACUCCAAGCAGCAUCUCGAUUGCGUCGCAUCGCCACCACUCAAAGUAAAGGUCGCCGUCCGCGACCACUGGACAAACGAGGAAAGCCCCCUCCAAAAGGCCCUUAAGGAGUUGAAGGAGGUCCUCGGUCUCGACAUCGUCGUCGAGCCGGACUGGCAGCUCCUCCUGAACGACUUGGACGCCGAGUACCCCGACAAGGGCGACUUCGCCGCUGCGGUCGCGGGCACCGUCGAGGUCUGGAGCAAAUCAGCAACGGAACUCCUCAACGACGACAAGAACGCAGAGUGGACCGAGAGCCUCUUGGAAAAGCUCAAGUCGACGUAUUCCACACUUCGCCUCUUCAUCGAGGUUUCCCGCGAUGAACAGGCAUCAACAUCAUGGUCCGAAGAGCGGGGCGGCUUCCUCAUCGCCCUGCCCAAACGCCAACUCACCAACCCCGCAGAGCUCUUCCCCGUCUUCAAGGGCGGAAUCAUCGACUGCUUCGGCAGCAGCAGCAGCAGCAACGGCCACACCCACCAGCUGCCGCCGUACACCAUGUCACCUCGCAUCUCAAGCGACGAGUGGGCCGACGUCGGCCUGGACGUGAGGGCGAGCAACCUCUCCCUCUCCGACAGCAGACGGCCCUCGAGCUCGCCGACGGCCAAGGCCGCCGUUCCCGAGUUCAUCCCCCGCGCCGACGCCAUGCCCCGCCCGGACGACCUGCUCAACAAGCCGCCCUACCACCUGUUCGUGUACGCCCGCAGCGCGCACGAGAUCGAGAUCCAGGCGAGCCACAGCGGCACGCUCAAGUUCCUGGCCGAGUACUUGAAGAAGUGGCGCCGCGUGAACUACCAGCUCAGCAGCAAGCCUCCUGCCGUCGAGGUCAAGCUCCACAACUCCGCGUUCGGUCUGGGAGCCAUCAUCGACCGGCUGGUGCUAGUUGCCGAGAACAGGAACGGCACGUUCACCAUAACGCCGACAAUCGUGCUCUCGCUCAUCGAGGGUGUUCUCGGCUACAGGCCGACGUACUCGGACGCCCACUCCUGGACGUACCGGAGGGAUGUCGAGUUCAGAUCUAUGUAA